AUCACCAUGUGAUUUCUUUGACAGUUCUGUUUUGCUGCUUAUGAUAAACCUCCAGAACCAUGGAUGCAACAACGUCAUCCAUCCAUGAAUCACAUGUCCACAACCAUGAAUCACAUGUCCACAAUACCACAUGUCAUUUAUCUGUAAAAUCAUACCACUCUUUCCUAGUAGUGGUCUACAGUCUGCUGUUUCUGGUGGGCUUUAGCCUGAACAGCUUCACCUUGUGGUUUCACUGCCGUGCAGCUCAUGGACAAGUGUCCAAGAGCUGGAUGAUCUACCUGAAACAUCUGACAGCGGCUGACUUCCUGCUCUGCGUCAGCCUCCCGCUGCGCAUUAUUUACUACGGCAACAGCUCAUUCAUCAUCCACCUGCUCUACUGCAGCAUCGGAGCCCCGCUCCUGUUUGUGAAUUGGGCUGCUAGCAUCCUGUUCAUGGCAUAUAUAGCAGCUAACAGAUACAUGAAGAUAUUUUAUUCCACGGGAACUCACUUCCUGAUGACUCCCAAAGCCAGCCACAUCAUCUCGAUAACCACCUGGGUUGUUCUACUGACCAUGAUAACACCUUACUCCAUCCUGAUGCUGAUAAACGAGAAACAUCACGAUGAUGAACACAGCAUGUGUGAUCAUCUGAUCAGUGAACCUGUGAAACCACUGCACGUACUGAGUCAUGGUUUUGCUUUCAUCAUCUUCCUUUCAGGACUCUUUUCUCUGGUUUUCUUCUACUACAGCACCUCCCGCAGGGUGCUGCAGGUCCAGCAGGCCCAAGUGGCCUCCCCCAACUCCAAAAAGCUUAUGAAGUCUCGCAGGAACAUGUUGGUGUUGGUCAGUGUGUUCUGCUUUUGCUUUGUUCCUUAUCACAUUGUUCAACUUCCAUAUGUCCUACUUGAGGAAAACUGUUCGGUAGAGUUGUACUACGUCAAGGAGUUUGCCGUGUUACUAUCAGUUUCUAACAUCUGCCUGGAUCCUCUUAUUUACGUCUUUCUUUGUAAGGAGUUCAGGGCUCAACUUAACCUGAAAAAAAUAUUCUGUCCAAAAUGCAAGAGAAACACCUCCAGUUUGGAGGCAAGUGACAGUGAGGAUCAGCCGAACACCAUCAACACCAUCAAUGACAUCAACACCAUCAAUGACAUCAACACCAUGUCAGAGCUCCAGGAGCAAUAAAACUGGCACUGGUCAGAGUUCCUCACUGUUCAUUUACAAAUAGCAUGUGCAAUAUGUAUGUAUGUGUGUGUGUGUAGGAACUGAGGGUGUAAAUAAGUGAUAUAAAGCAUAACUGGAUAAUUUUUGAAUACAAGCUUAUUAAUUGAAUCUGUCUGCUUCCAUUUACUUCUAACUUUCUAAUUUCCUGCUAAUUAAAAUCCCCACGAGCCGAACUUGAAAAUUGGACGUUAUGCUACUAACACUUAGCUUUCGUCAACAACUCAGAGGCAGAAGUCAGAGCUCCGCGCAGCGCAAGUAAUGUCCCGGCCGGAACAUGGUGCGCUAAAUAAUAAAACAUAAAUUAACGAAGCUUUGAGGCAGGUAAAUUUUCCUCAAGGAAUUUUAAUAAUCGAGGUACUUGAAUCAUUCGAGGAAUCGUUUCAGCCCUAGUUAAUAAAUAGUGUUUAUCUUAUUGAUCUUCAAAUGGCACAGAGCCUCCAUUUACCUGUUAUGAUGAAAUGACAAUUGCUUUCUCUCCUCCUGCCAAGCAACCACUGAAAUAUGUGCAUGUGAAAUUUUGAGCUUGUACAGGUAGACGUGCACACGGGCCAGCGACGGGACACCAGAGAGUUGAAAGAUGUUGUUGUUAAAGUUGCCCAACAUCUGGUCUGUUGGGUUCACCCAGACUGGCCGGAAAAUCAAUCACUGCUAGUUCUAAUUAUUCAUCACUCACAUUCUUAAAGUCACAACAUAACUUGAGAAUUUUAAGCCAUCAAGAGUUGCUAAAGAUGUUCAACAUAUUUGCCAAAUAAUACAAUUCUAUGUUAUUGUAAAUAUUUCUGUCACAUUUCGAUUACUGUUCAAUUGUUUGGACGAACACGUCAUCAAAUAAAGUAAAAAAAAAGUUACA